UUUCUGGUGAUAUUAUCGCCCGUUGGUUAUAGCGAGGGUCAGCGAAGAAGGAAGGUUUAUUCUUGAUGUGGGGCGGGGGGAAAUACUGAGAAAGUUAGGUCUAAUUCAACUGAUCUUUCCAAAGAUAGAGAACAAUGAAUGUACGGGAGACCCCAAAGGAAGGAAGAAGAACCCUUAGAAUAGCUGCAUCACUUUCACGAAACAUAUCAUGUUCCCCUUCGGUGCAAAAGGAAAACUCGGUGAAAAAAACACCGGUUGUUAAUACUGAUAUAAAACCUGAAGAUUCUACAGGCCAGAGUACUUCUAGAAGGAACCAGCCCUGCAAUGCAACUACCUCCACCACCUUGCAGCUUCAAACUGAGAAAUCUGAGAAUGAACAGGAUUUGCCGAUUCCUUUGGAUACACUCAAUCCAGCUGACUCUGGUACAAGACUUUCUGCAAACACUAAGCCUGUUGAAGAUGCAAGUGGGCUGAUUGCAUUACUAAAUGAAUUUGAGGAGAUGAGCUUGAAUCCUGUUUCUACGCUCUAUUCAUUCUGUCAACGGAAAGGAUGCAGUCUGCAUUUCCAAGAGGUGGAAAAUUCAGAGGCUGCUGCUGUUUCGCGUUAUUCUGUUUGUGCAGUCGUGGAUGGGUUCAAGUUUCAAGAAGGUUCGGGUUUCAGCAAAAAAGAGGCCAAGUACUAUUCUGCUAAAAUUACAUUGAAACAACUGCGCCAACAGUUACAGCAAAUUGCACCCAAGGCAGCUCCUGCGCCAGAUGAUACAAAGCUGACUGCAGGUGCCAGAGUAAUUGGGAGAAAACCAUACGGUCUGAGUGAAAAUCUAAUCAUUCAUCCGGUACGUUGUGCAGCAGUUGGCAAUUGCACAUUGAACAUGCUGUUGGAAUCUCUUCCCAAGUACAAAAGCUGCAGAGGGAACCUUGCUUCUUUCAUAGUAGAGAAAGUGACAGAAGAUGGCAACAGUGAGCAAUAUGAAGUGGUUGCUUUAGGAACAGGCGAUACUUGUUACAGCAGUUGGAUCCGUUUUGAUGGUCGUUUACUCCAUGACUGCCAUGCUGUAGUGGUUGUAAAACGGGCAUUGCAAAGAUAUUUGUUUAAGCAGCUCCUUCUAUUCUGUAGUAAUGAUCCUGUGGGUUUAGAAAAAUGCAUCUUCUACAAGUCUUCAGGAAGUGAUUUGCUAUCCCUCAAGAAAAAUAUUUUUUUCCAUCUCUACCUUAGCAAAGUUCCAAAGGGGGCUGCUCAGAGCAUUCUCAUGGACCCUGUGCCAUACCGAAACCCUGAAAUGAGACUUCACAUUCAUUCCAAAGGUUCCAUCAUGCCAGCAGCAAGCUGUCGCCCUAGUGUGACAGCAACUCACGUAUGCUGUAUGACAGCAAGUGAUAAACUAAGCCGAUGGAUGGUGCUGGGAGUCCAGGGAGCUCUGCUCAGCCACUUUAUCAAGCCACUAUACAUCACCAGUAUUGUCCUUCCUGGCCCGUUUCAUCCGAUGCAGAUUGUCACAAAAGCAAUCAAUCAACGUGUGGAUGAGAGUUUGAAUGAGAAACUUCCUGACCUGUUCACUGCUGUGAGAGCGCACUUCUCGCAUUGUGGUGAGGGGGAACCUAAGGAGGCGGAUCCACUUUACGGAAAGCUGAGCAUAAAUUGGUGUAGGGGCGAUAACACCGUGGAAAUUGUGGAUGGGGUGACAGGAGAGAUUACAGAAGACUCCCCUUUUAAAAAUGGAGUCAAUACAGCCAGCCGUUUAUGCAAGGCUGCUAAGCUGUAUUCCUUUCGACGUGUAGCAAAGGAAAUGAACAGACAGGAUUUGCUGGACCUGUCAACAUGUCAUGAAGCCAAGAUGAAUGCCAAAACCUACCAAGAAGCUAAGGGUAUCCUAAAUUAUCAUUUCAUAUCCACUGGAGCAGGGCCAUGGCCACAGAAGCAACUUGUUGACAACUUCAGCAAAUAAAUCUCAUUGCACUGAAAAAGAAUUAUGGAUUUUUUUUACUGUUGCUAUAAGAUAGAUCAUUUUUCCAUUUUGUUUAACGCGUUUAAAAUUAUUGUGAAUUUUUUUUCUAAAGGGCAUCCAGAUUAAUGGGUGCUUUCUGGUCUAACAUUGAAAUUGUUUCAGACUAGAGGUGGAAUUAAUAAAAUCUUUGUACCUCAUUCAAAUAAAGAUGUUACAAUGUUCUGACUAUAUUGUGCUGGCUAGAGUGUGGUUAUAAUGAAAGUAAAUUCUAUUUUUCCAACCUUCCUUCAACAGAUUAGUUUAAGUUGUCAUAAAAACAUUAGUUACUGUCCAAUUUGGGAAAUCAGAUCAAACUGUUAAAGUGAAGUCUGUCCUCAAGUUUUUGGAACAGGAAAAAUGCAUCAACUCUUGCACCAUUGAAUAAUUGAUCUGAGUCUUAACUCUAUAUGCUCAGGUUUGUCCCAUCUCUCUCAUAACAAUUGAGUAAAUGUACUCCAAAUGUGAUUGGGUCCUCAUCAAGCACCUUUAAAAACUUGCUCCCUCUACCACCGACACACAGUGGCAGCAAUAGUACAUGCCAUCUACAUUGUGCUCUCAAAAACUCACCCAGGCUGCACCUUUCAAACCCACAACAUCUAACACUGAGGAAAACGAGAGCAGCAAAUAUGAGCCACCAUCAACCAGUUCCCCUGCAAGCCCCAUGCCAUCCUGACUUAGAAAUAUAUCAUAGUUUCUUCAGCAUCACUGGGACUAAAUCCUAGAACUCUUUUCCCAACAGCAUUGACAUAGACAAA